AUGUGGCCGCGCCUGGCCUUUUGUUGCUGGGGUCUGGCGCUCGUCUCGGGCUGGGCGACCUUUCAGCAGAUGUCCCCGUCGCGCAAUUUCAGCUUCCGCCUCUUCCCCGAGGCCGCGCCCGGGGCCCCGGGGCUGCUGCCCGCGCCGCCCGCGCCCGGCGAGGACGCGGCCGAGAGCAAAGUGGAGCGGCUGGGCCAGGCGUUCCGGCGGCGCGUGCGGCGGCUGCGGGAGCUCAGCGAGCGCCUGGAGCUCGUCUUCCUGGUGGACGAGUCGUCCAGCGUGGGCCAAGCCAACUUCCUCAGCGAGCUCAAGUUCGUCCGCAAGCUGCUUUCCGACUUCCCCGUGGUGCCCACCGCCACGCGCGUGGCCAUCGUGACCUUCUCGUCCAAGAACAACGUGGUGCCGCGCGUCGAUUACAUCUCCCACCGCCGCGCGCACCAGCACAAGUGCGCGCUGCUCAGCCGCGAGAUCCCGGCCAUCACCUACCGUGGCGGCGGCACCUACACCAAGGGCGCCUUCCAGCAAGCCGCGCAAAUUCUUCGUCACUCUAGAGAAAACUCAACAAAAGUUAUAUUCCUCAUUACUGAUGGAUAUUCCAAUGGGGGAGAUCCCAGGCCAAUUGCAGCAUCUCUGCGAGAUUUUGGAGUGGAGAUCUUCACUUUUGGCAUAUGGCAAGGGAACAUUCGAGAACUGAAUGACAUGGCUUCCACCCCAAAGGAGGAGCACUGCUACCUGCUGCACAGUUUUGAAGAAUUUGAGGCUUUAGCUCGCCGGGCAUUGCAUGAAGAUCUGCCUUCUGGGAGUUUUAUUCAAGAGGAUAUGUCUCAUUGCUCCUAUCUGUGUGAAGCCGGCAAAGACUGCUGUGACCGAAUGGCGAGCUGCAAAUGUGGGACACACACGGGGCAGUUUGAGUGCAUCUGUGAAAAGGGCUAUUAUGGGGAAGGUCUGCAGUACGAAUGCACAGCUUGCCCGUCAGGGACAUACAAACCAGAAGGUUCUCCAGGAGGAAUCAGCACUUGCCUUCCGUGUCCUGAUGAAAAUCACACCUCUCCACCUGGAAGUACGUCCCUGGAAGACUGUGUCUGCAAGGAGGGAUAUCGGGCAUCCGGCCAGACGUGUGAAGUUGUCCACUGCCCUGCCCUGAGGCCUCCCGAAAACGGUUACUUUAUCCAGAACACUUGCAACAACCACUUCAAUGCAGCCUGUGGGGUCCGAUGUAACCCUGGAUUUGACCUCGUGGGAAGCAGCAUCCUUCUGUGUCUACCCAAUGGUUUGUGGUCCGGUUCAGAGAGCUCCUGCAGAGUACGAACAUGCCCCCAUCUUCGCCAACCCAAACAUGGCCGCAUCAGCUGUUCUACCAAGGAAAUGUCCUACAAGACAGUGUGUUUGGUUACCUGUGAUGAAGGGUACAGACUAGAAGGAAGUGCUAAGCUUACUUGUCAAGCUAACACCCAGUGGGAUGGUCUAGAACCUCGGUGUGUGGAGCGCCACUGCCCCACGUUUCAGAAGCCCAAAGGUGUCAUCAUCUUCCCGGCCAGCUGUGGCAAGCAGCCUGCCAGACCUGGGACGAUUUGUCAACUGAGUUGCCGCAGAGGAUUCAUUUUAUCAGGCGUCAGAGAAGAAGUGAGAUGUACCACCUCUGGAAAGUGGAGUGCCAGAGUUCAGACAGCUGUUUGUAAAGAUGUGGAGGCCCCUCAGAUCAGCUGUCCCAAGGACAUAGAGGCGAAGACCCAGGAACAGCAAGACUCCGCCAAUAUCACUUGGCAAAUCCCCACAGCUAACGACAACUCUGGGGAAAAGGUAUCCAUCCAUGUUCAUCCGGCUUUCACCCCACCUUACCUCUUCCCAAUUGGAGAUGUUGCCAUCACCUAUACAGCCGUUGACCUAUCCAGCAACCAAGCCAGCUGCACUUUCCACGUCAAGGUUGUCGACGUGGAACCGCCUAGCAUAGACUGGUGCAGAUCCCCACCUCCGAUGCAGGUCUCGGAGAAGGAGCAUGCUGCAACCUGGGAUGAGCCUCAGUUCUCAGACAACUCAGGGGCUGUAUUGAUCAUCACCAGAAGCCAUACACCAGGAGACCUUUUCCCUCAUGGGGAGACUGUAGUGCAAUAUACAGCCACGGACCCCUCGGGCAAUAACAGAACAUGUGACAUCCACAUUGUCAUAAAAGGUUCUCCCUGUGAAGUUCCAUUCACACCAAUAAAUGGGGAUUUUAUAUGCACUAAAGAUAGUGCUGGAGUUAACUGCACAUUAAGUUGCUUGGAGGGCUAUGAUUUCACAGAAGGGUCUACUGAGAAUUAUUACUGUGCUUAUGAAGAUGGUAUAUGGAGGCCGCCAUAUUCCACUGAAUGGCCAGACUGUGCUAUAAAGCGUUUUGCAAAUCAUGGGUUCAAGUCCUUUGAGAUGCUGUACAAAGCAACUCGUUGUGAUGAUACAGAUCUGUUGAAGAAGUUUUCUGAAGCAUUUGAGAUUACCCUGGGGAAAAUGGUCCCAUCAUUUUGUAGUGAUGCUAAUGACAUUGACUGCAGAUUGGAGGACCUGACCAAGAAAUAUUGCCUUGAAUAUAAUUAUGACUAUGAAAAUGGCUUUGCAAUUGGACCUGGUGGCUGGGGCGCGGCUAAUAGGUUGGAUUACUCUUAUGAUGAUUUCUUGGACUCCGUGCAAGAAACACCCUCAGGUGCCAGCAAAGCCAGAUCUUCACGAAUGAAAAGAAGCGCCCCGUUAUCUAACCACAAAAUUAAGUUAAUUUUUAACAUCACAGCUAGUGUGCCAUUACCCAGUGAAAGAAAUGAUACCCUUGAACUGGAAAAUCAGCAACGACUCAUUAUGACUUUGGAAACCAUUACAAAUCAACUGAAAAGGAUCCUCAAUGAGGAGCCCAUGUAUUCCUUUCAGCUUGAAACUGACAUGCUUGUGGCCGAGAGCAAUUCGUUGGAGACUGAAAAGGCUUUCCUUUUCUGCAGACCAGGCUCAGUGCUGAGAGGGCGGAUGUGUGUCAAUUGCCCUUUGGGAACCUAUUAUUCCCUGAAGCAUUCUGUCUGUGAAAGCUGCUUCACGGGAUCCUAUCAAGAUGAAGAAGGGCAACUUGAGUGCAAACUCUGUCCAACAGGGACUUUUACUGAAUAUCCCCAUUCUAGAAGCAGCUCGGAAUGCAAAGCUCAGUGCAAACAAGGCACUUACUCAUCAAAUGGCCUUGAGAUGUGUGAAUCGUGUCCACUGGGCAGCUACCAGCCAGCAUUUGGUUCCCGGAGCUGCCUCUCGUGUCCAGAAAGCACUUCAACUGUGAAAAGAGGAGCCGUGGACAUAUCUGCUUGUGGAGUACCUUGUCCAGUAGGAGAAUUCUCUCGUUCUGGAUUAACACCCUGUUACCCGUGUCCUCGAGACUACUACCAACCCAAUCCAGGGAAGUCCUUCUGCUUAUCUUGUCCCUUUUAUGGAACUACAGCCUCCUCCGGUUCCGGAUCGAUCACCGACUGCUCCAGUUUUAGUUCAACUUUCUCAGCAGCAGAGGAAAGUGUAGUGCCCCUUACUUCUCCUGGACAUAUCAAAAAGAACUAUGAAGUCAGCAGUCAGGUUUUCCAUGAAUGUUUUUUAAACCCUUGCCAUAAUAGUGGAACCUGCCAACAGCUUGGGCGUGGUUAUGUUUGUCUCUGUCCAUCUGGAUAUACAGGCUUAAAGUGUGAAACAGACAUUGAUGAAUGCAGCUCGCUGCCAUGUCUCAACAGUGGAAUUUGUAAAGACCUAGUUGGGCAGUUUGUUUGUGAAUGUCCAUCUGGUUACACAGGUCAACUAUGUGAAGAAAAUAUAAAUGAGUGUAACUCUAGUCCUUGUCUAAAUAAAGGAACCUGCAUCGAUGGCUUAGAUGGCUAUCACUGCUCCUGUGUGAAGGGAUACACAGGCCUGCACUGUGAAACAGAAGUCAAUGAAUGCCAGCCAAGCCCAUGCUUAAAUAAUGCCGUCUGUGAAGAUCAGGUCGGGGGAUUCUUGUGCAAAUGCCCUCCUGGAUUUUUGGGUACCCGAUGUGAAAAAAACAUGGAUGAGUGUCUCAGCCAACCGUGCAAAAAUGGAGCUACCUGUAAAGACGGUGCCAGUAGCUUCAGGUGCCAAUGUGCAACAGGCUUCACGGGGCCAUUCUGUGAAUUAAACAUCAAUGAAUGUCAUUCUAACCCAUGUAGAAAUCAGGCCACCUGUGUGGAUGAAUUAAACUCAUACAGUUGUAAAUGUCGGCCAGGAUUUUCAGGCAGCAGGUGUGAAAUAGACCAGUCUUCAGGUUUUAACCUGGAUUUUGAAGUUUCGGGUAUCUAUGGGUACGCCAUGCUAGAUGGUGUGCUUCCACCUCUCCAUGCUGUAACCUGCACCUUCUGGAUGAAAUCCUCUGACACCACUAACUAUGGGACACCGAUCUCCUAUGCAGUUGAGAAUGGCAGUGACAACACCUUCCUCCUGACCGAUUAUAAUGGCUGGGUUCUUUAUGUGAAUGGCAAGGAAAAGAUAACAGACUGUCCCUCCGUGAAUGAUGGAAGUUGGCAUCAUAUUGCAAUCACUUGGACAAGUGCUAAUGGAGCCUGGAAAGUCUAUAUCGAUGGGAAAUUAUCUGACGGUGGUAUGGGCCUCUCUGUUGGUUCAGCCAUACCUGGUGGUGGUGCAUUAGUGCUUGGGCAAGAGCAAGACAAAAAAGGAGAGGGAUUCAACCCAGCUGAGUCUUUUGUGGGCUCCAUAAGCCAGCUGAACCUCUGGGACUAUGUCCUGUCUCCACAGCAGGUGAAGUCACUGGCAACCUCAUGCCCAGAGGAACUCCGUAAAGGAAAUGUGUUAGCCUGGGCUGAUUUCCUGUCUGGAAUUGUGGGGAAAGUGAAGAUCGAUUCCAAGAGCAUAUUCUGUUCUGAUUGCCCAUCUUUAGAAGGAACGGUACCUCAUCUGCGAACUGUAUCAACAGACUUAAAGCCAGGCUCCAAAAUCAGUCUGUUCUGUGAUCCAGGCUUCCAGAUGGUCGGGAACCCUGUGCAGUACUGUCUGAAUCAAGGACAAUGGACACAACCACUCCCCCACUGUGAACGCAUUAGCUGUGGGGUGCCACCCCCUUUGGAGAAUGGCUUUUAUUCAGCCGAGGACUUCCAUGCUGGCAGCACAGUGACCUACCAGUGCAACAACGGCUACUAUUUGUUGGGUGAUUCGAGGAUGUUCUGUACAGAUAAUGGGAGCUGGAAUGGCAUUUCACCAUCAUGCCUUGAUGUCGAUGAAUGUGCAGUUGGGUCAGAUUGUAGUGAGUAUGCUUCCUGCCUGAAUACAAAUGGAUCCUACAUUUGCUCCUGUAUCCCACCCUACACAGGAGAUGGCAAAAACUGUGCAGAACCUAUAAAAUGUAAGGCUCCGGGAGAUCCAGAAAAUGGCCACUCUUAUGGUGAGACUUACACAGUGGGCGCCGAAGUCACAUUCUCGUGUGAGGAAGGAUAUCAGCUGAUGGGAGUGACCAAAAUCACAUGUCUGGGGUCUGGAGAAUGGAGUCAUCUGAUACCAUAUUGUGAAGCUGUUUCCUGUGGUGUACCAGCUAUUCCAGAAAACGGAGGCUUUGAUGGCUCAGCAUUUACCUAUGGCAGUAAAGUAACAUAUCAGUGUAAUAAAGGAUAUACUCUGGAUGGUGCUAGAGAAUCAUCCUGUCUUGCUAGCGGUUCUUGGAGUCAUUCUCUUCCUGUCUGUGAACUGGUCAAGUGUUCUAGCCCCGAAAACAUAAAUAAUGGGAAAUAUAUUUUGAGCGGGCUUACCUACCUUUCUACUGCGUCAUAUUCGUGUGAGAGUGGAUACAGCUUACAGGGCCCUUCUGUCAUUGAAUGCUCGGCAUCAGGCAGCUGGGACAGAGCGCCACCUACCUGCCAUCUUGUCGUCUGUGGAGAGCCGCCGGCAAUCAAAGAUGCUGUCAUCACUGGGAGCAACUUCACUUUUGGGAACACUGUCACUUACACUUGCAAAGAAGGCUAUACCCUCGCUGGUCCUGACACCAUUGAAUGCCUGGCCAAUGGCAAGUGGAAUGGAAGUAACCAGCAGUGUUUGGCUGUCUCCUGCGAUGAGCCCCCCAACGUGGAACACGCCUCUCCAGAGACUGCCCAUCGGUUAUUUGGAGACAUUGCAUUCUACUAUUGCUCAGAUGGUUACAGCCUGGCAGACAAUUCCCAGCUCCUUUGCAAUGCCCCAGGGCAAGUGGGUUCCCCAGGAGGUCAGGCCAUACCCCGUUGUAUAGCUCAUUUCUGUGAAAAACCUCCAUCUGUUUCCUAUAGCAUCUUGGAAUCUGUGAGCAAAGCAAAAUUUGCAGCAGGGUCAGUUGUGAGCUUUAAAUGCACAGAAGGCUUUGUACUGAACACCUCAGCAAAGAUUGAAUGUUUGAGAGGCGGGCAGUGGAGCCCUUCCCCCAUGUCCAUCCGGUGCAUCCCCGUGCGGUGUGGAGAGCCACCAAGCAUCCUGAAUGGCUAUGCAAGUGGAUCAAACUACAGUUUUGGAGCCAUCGUGGCUUACAGCUGCAACAGAGGGUUCUACAUCAAAGGGGAGAAGAAGAGCACCUGUGAAGCCACAGGACAGUGGAGUAGCCCCACACCCACAUGCCACCCUGUGUCUUGCAGUGAACCACCUAAGGUUGAGAAUGGCUUUCUGGAGCAUGCAACUGGCAGGAUCUUUGAGAGUGAAGCGAGAUACCGAUGUAAUCCAGGCUACAAAGCAGUUGGAAGUCCUGUAUUUGUUUGCCAAGCCAAUCGCCACUGGUACAGUGAAUCCCCUCUGUCAUGCAUCCCCCUCAACUGUGGAAAACCUCCCCCAAUCCAGAAUGGCUACAUGAAAGGAGAAAUUUUUGAAGUAGGGUCCAAGGUUCAGUUUUUCUGUAAUGAGGGUUAUGAGCUCAUUGGUGAUCAUUCUUGGACAUGCCUGAAGUCUGGCAAAUGGAAUAAGAAGCCAAACCAGAAGUGUGUGCCUUCCAGGUGCCCAGAGCCACCCCUCUUGGAAAACCAGCUCGUCCUGAAGGAGUUAGCUAGUGAAGUAGGAAUGGUGACAUUUUCUUGUAAAGAAGGACAUGCCCUUCAGGGCCCCCCUGUCCUGAAAUGCUUGCUAUCACAGCAAUGGAAUGAUUCUUUUCCUGUUUGCAAGAUGGUUCUUUGCCUCCCACCUCCCCUAAUUCCCUUUGGUGUCCCCGCUCCCUCUUCCAGUCUUCAUUUUGGAAGUACUGUCGAGUAUUCUUGCGUGGAUGGAUUUUUCCUAAGAGGGAAUCCUACCACCUCCUGCCAAGCUGAUGGUACCUGGAGUUCCCCACUGCCAGAAUGUGUCCCAGUGGAAUGUCCCCAACCUGAGGAAAUUCUCAAUGGCAUCAUCGAUGUGCAAGGUCUUGCCUAUCUCAGCACAGCUCUCUAUACCUGCAAGCCAGGCUAUGAGUUGGUGGGAAAUACUACCACCCUUUGUGGAGAAAAUGGUCACUGGCUCGGAGGAAAACCCACCUGUAAACCCAUUGAGUGCCCAAAACCCAAAGAGAUUUUGAAUGGCAAAUUCUCUUAUACAGACCUACACUAUGGGCAAAGCGUUAUAUAUUCUUGUGACCGAGGCUUCAGGCUUCAAGGUCCCAAAGCCUUGACUUGUUUAGAGACAGGUGAUUGGGAUGUGGAUGUCCCAUCAUGCAGUGCGAUCCACUGUAAUCCCCCACAACCCAUUGAAAAUGGUUUUGUAGAGGGUGCAGAUUAUAGCUUCGGUGCCAUGAUCAUCUACAGCUGCUUUCCUGGGUUCCAUGUAGCUGGUCAUGCCAUGCAGACCUGUGAAGAGUCAGGAUGGUCAGGCUCCAUACCAACAUGUGUAACCAUAGACUGUGGUCUCCCUCCUCAUAUUGAUUUUGGAGACUGUACUAAGGUCAAAGGUGGUCAAGGAUAUUUUGACCAAGAAGAAGACUUGAUGGAAGUUCCAUAUCGGACUCCUCUCCCUCCUCAUCACCUGGGAGCAGUGACUAAAUCCUGGGAAAACGCAAAGGGAUCUCCUACUGCACAUUUAGCACACUUUCCACAUGGCACCAUGGUUUCAUACACCUGUAAUCCAGGAUAUGAACUUUUGGGGAACCCUAUACUGAUCUGCCAGGAAGAUGGAACGUGGAAUGGCAGUGCACCUUCCUGUAUUUCAAUUGAAUGUGACUUGCCUGUUGCUCCUGAAAAUGGCUUUAUGCAUUUUACAGAGACUACCAUGGGCAGUGCUAUACAGUAUAGCUGCAAACCUGGGCACAUUCUGGUGGGCUCUGACAUAAGACUUUGUCUACAGAAUAGAGAGUGGAGUGGUGCUUCCCCAACCUGUGAGGCCAUUUCAUGCAAAAAACCAAAUCCAGUUAUGAAUGGCUCUGUCAAAGGAAGCAACUACACCUACCUGAGUGUGGUGUUCUAUGAGUGUAAUCCUGGGUAUGUGUUGAAUGGCAACGAGAGGAGAACAUGCCAACAAAAUAAAAAUUGGGAUGGGAAUGAGCCGAUCUGCAUCCCUGUGGACUGUGGUUCACCUCCAGUCUCAGCCAACGGCCAGGUGAAAGGAGAUGAAUAUACAUUUCAAAAAGAGGUUGAGUACACUUGCAAUGUAGGGUUCUUACUCGAGGGUGCCAGGAGUCGUGUUUGUCUUGCCGAUGGAAAUUGGAGUGGAACCACUCUCUGUGUGCCUGUCAGAUGUGCUACCCCACCGCAAUUGACAAAUGGAGUGAUGGACGGCUUGGACUAUGGCUGGAAGGAAGUGGUGUUCCACUGUCAGGAGGGCUACGUGUUGCAUGGUGCUCCAAGACUCACCUGUCAAUCAGAUGGCAACUGGGAUACAGAGUUUCCUUUCUGUAAGCCAGUCAACUGUGGCCCUCCUGAAGAUCUUCCCCAUGGCUUUUCUAAUGGCUUCUCCUUUUAUCACGGGGGGCAUAUACAGUAUCAGUGCUUUCCUGGUUAUAAGCUCCAUGGCAGUCCUUCAAGAAGGUGCCUUUCCAACGGCUCCUGGAGCGGCAGCCCACCUUCCUGCCUGCCUUGCAGGUGUUCCACACCAGUAAUUCAAAAUGGAGCUGUCAACGGGACAGAUUUUGGCUGUGGAAAGGCAACCCAGAUUCAGUGCUUCAAAGGCUUCAAGCUCCAUGGAGCUUCUGAAAUCACCUGUGAAGCCAAUGGCCAGUGGAGCUCUGUCUUCCCACACUGUGAACACGCUUCUUGUGGUUCUCCCCCAACGAUACCAAAUGCAUUCAUCAGUGAGAGCGGCUCUUUGGAGGAAAAUGCGAUAACUUACAACUGCAGAUCCGGAUAUGUCAUCCAAGGGAGUUCAGAUCUGAUUUGUACCGAGGAGGGGACAUGGAGCCAGCCUUAUCCAGUCUGUGAGCCCCUGUCCUGUGGACCACCCCCAUCUGUCGCCAAUGCAGUAGCAACUGGAGAGUCACACACCUAUGAAAGUAAAGUGACACUCAGAUGUCUAGAAGGUUAUGUGAUGGAUACAGCUAUAGACACAUUCACCUGUCAGAAAGACGGUCAUUGGUUUCCUGAGAGAAUCUCCUGCAGUCCUAAAAAAUGUCCUCUGCCAGCAAAUAUAACACGUAUACUUGUUCACGGGGAUGAUUUCAGUGUGAAUAAGCAAGUUUCUGUGUCCUGUGAAGAAGGGUAUAUCUAUGAGGAGUUAACAUACACAUGUCAGCUUGAUGGCACCUGGGAGCCACCGUUUUCUGAUGAAUCCUGCAGUCCAGUUUCUUGCGGGAAACCUGAAAGUCCAGAACAUGGGUUCGUGUUUGGCAGUAAAUUUACUUUUGAAAGCACAGUUAUUUAUCAGUGUGAACCUGGCUAUGAAUUAGAGGGGAACAAGGAACGUGUUUGUCAGAAGAACACAAUGUGGAGUGGAGAGGUAGCAAUGUGCAAAAAGACCAGGUGUGAAGCUCCUCUUGGGUUUCUGAACGGGAAAGCCAAAGUCGAAAACACUGCUGCUGGACCCAGUGUGGCAUAUUCCUGUAACAGAGGGUACAGCCUUGAAGGGGCACCUGAGGCAUACUGCACUGAAAACGGAGCUUGGAGCCACCCAGUUCCUUUCUGCAAACCAAAUCCAUGCCCUGUUCCUUUUGUGAUUCCUGAGAAUGCUCUGCUUUCUGAAAAGGAGUUUUACGUUGAUCAGAACGUGUCCAUCAAGUGUAGGGAAGGCUUCCUGCUCCAAGGCCGGGGCGUCAUUACCUGUAACCCCGACGAGACGUGGACACUGACAAGUGCCAAAUGUGAAAAAAUAUCUUGCGGUCCACCAACUUUUGUAGAAAAUGCCAUCACUCGAGGCGUGCGUUAUCAGUAUGGGGACAUGAUCACCUACUCCUGCUACAGUGGAUACAUGUUGGAAGGUCCCCUAAGGAGUGUUUGCCUGGAGAAUGGAACCUGGACAUCACCUCCUGUUUGCAGAGCUGUCUGUCGAUUCCCAUGUCAGAAUGGAGGUAUCUGCCAACGACCAAAUGCCUGUUCCUGUCCAGAUGGCUGGAUGGGGCGCCUCUGUGAAGAACCAAUAUGCAUCCUCCCCUGUCUGAACGGUGGUCGCUGUGUGGCCCCUUAUCAGUGCGAUUGCCCACCUGGCUGGACGGGGUCCCGCUGUCAUACAGCUGUUUGCCAGUCUCCCUGCUUAAAUGGUGGAAAAUGCAUAAGACCAAACCGAUGUCAUUGUCUCUCAGCUUGGACAGGACAUGACUGCUCCAGGAAAAGGAGGACUGGGUUUUAACCACCGCACAACCAACCAGCUCUCCUAAAAGCAGGAUCAUCUCUUCCUGGGAGUCCUGGGGAUCCUGGAACUUACGCAAAGAAAUUCCAACACGGUGCUGGGUCUUGUUCUGUUUAGUAAACUUGUUAUUUUGGGUUUA